AUGAGGACUUCUGCUCUCCGCGCCCUCCGCUCCGCCCGCACCGCCGCGCCCACCCGCGCGUUCUCGACCUCGCGCGUCGCCCGCAUCGAGGGCAUCGAGGUCAUGGACAUGAACCUCUUGACCGACUCGCAGAAGGAUGUUCGCGAGGGAGUCUCGGGCGUCGUCUCCCAGUUCGACAACAAGUACUGGCGCGAGCACGACCUGUCGAAGGAGUUCCCGUUCGAGUUCCACCAGGCAAUCGCCGACGGCGGCUGGAUUGGUAUUGCCCAGCCUGAGAAGUUUGGUGGUUCCGGCCUGGGUAUCUCCGAGGCGUCGAUCAUGAUGCAGACGAUCACCGAGUCCGGCGCCGGAUUCCCCGGAGCCCAGGCGACGCACGGCAACAUCUACGCGACGCAGCCGCUCGCCAUCUUCGGCACGGACGCGCAGCGCGCGGACCUGAUCCCCAAGAUCAUCUCCGGCGAGUACCGCGUGUGCUUCGGUGUGACGGAGCCGAACACGGGUCUCAACACGCUCGACCUCAAGACGACGGCGACGCGCAAUGACGACGGAACGUGGAACAUCAAGGGCCAGAAGACUUGGAUCACUGCCGCCCAGCACGCCAAGGUCAUGAUCCUGCUUGCGCGCACGACGCCCGUCGACGAGGUCAAGACCAAGGCUGAGGGACUCACGCUCUUCGCCAUUCCGCUCGACAAGUCUGCUCCGGGCCUCGACAUGAACCCGAUCCACAAGAUGGGCGGUAACGCCGUGGACUCGAACGAGAUCUGGUUCGACAACUACACCGUGCCCGCGGACUGCGUCAUCGGCGGCGACGAGAACAUCGGCAAGGGCUUCCGCAUGAUCCUGCACGGCAUGAACGCCGAGCGGUGUCUGAUCGCCGCCGAGGCGCUCGGUAUCGGAUUUGCGGCCCUGCGCCGUGCUGCCGAGUACGCCAGUGAGCGCGAGGUCUUCGGCCGCAAGAUCGGCAUGAACCAGGGUAUCGCCCACCCCCUCGCCGAGUGCCAGAUGCACCUCGCUGCCGCCGCCGCGCAAACCUACCACGCCGCCCGCAUGUACGACCGCUCCCAGAAGGACAAGAGCAUCACGCCCAUUCAGGUCGGUAUUGCCGCCAACUCGGCCAAGUUCCUCGCCGCCGACGCCGCCUUCAACGCCGCCACCCGCGCCAUCCUUACGCAUGGAGGCAUGGGCUUCGCGCACGAGUACGACGUCGAGCGCUGGCUCCGCGAGUCGUUCGUGCCCCGCAUCGCGCCCAUCUCGCGUGAGAUGAUCAUGAACAUGGUCGCGGAGCGCGUCCUCCACCUCCCCAAGUCGUACUAA